UUGUCUUGUGCCAGCAUGCAUCAUAGAGGACGCUAACAGUGUACUAUGAUUGCACAACUCACGUUUAUUUCAUCACAGAAACUCGUGUCUAUACCGAAUAUGACGUCACAAAGCGAAAUUGUUAUUGGAGAAACAAUAAAAAACGAGGGUGCAUGGCGUCAAUCAAGCUCGUUUUUUUUUUAAUUAACUUCACUAAAAAGGCGCAAGCGCUGAGUUUAAAAGGGGCUGAUUUGGCCAGAUUUAAACAAUUUCAACAACGCUCUAAGGGAGGACAUACGGCUGCGAACAUGACACACAUUAUUGUGAGCACUUUAUCCAAGUUUACGAAAAACUUUUACGAAAGAGAUACCGACGAUAUCAACUACAUCUCCUUGUUACGUCAAAAUUCAGAAAAAAUGACUGUGAUUGUCGACUCCAGAAACAGCAAUUUUAGAGAGGGCGUAAAAAGGUCGGUUUAGAAAAUAAAAUUAGUGUGAAAAGUUUUUAUGAAUUGCGCAACAGAAAAGUUUAAAAAAAUAGAAAAUUAAUGCAAUGUUUAAGAAAGUUUUUUGAGUGUUUUAAGAAACUUAUUUCAUUUCAUUGUUUCAGUCCUGUGGUGAUACCAAACGAUUUGGAAUCUUUAAAAAAUUGGAAACAUAAAAUUCCAAAUCAACCAGUUCUGUUUCAAUGCAACUUCAUAAAACCAAACAAGAAACGUUCUUCGUGUUCUUGCAAAGGUAUGUGGUGUCAUGUUAUGAAUGUAUCUCAUUUAUACCCUUGCGCGUCAGGGCAAUUUUAGAAUGUGUAACAUGUGUGUCACUUUCAAUACAGCUCUUAAAAUUCAUACUGGUCCAAUCGCCAUGUCUUGCUCAAACAACUGUUUUUUUUUUGUAAAAGUUAAAUUGAAGAAAUGUUUUUUUCCAAAAACAUGCAAUUGGAAGCAGAAUAACCAAGUAAAACAGAUGAUUUAUAACUUCGGUUUACUUCACGCAGAUUACAUCGCAUAUGUGCCAUUUUCACAACUACCGGUGCGAUCUCAAAUACUAGCUGCAUUCAACCGUUGUGAAGAUGCAGUAAAAAGAAGAAAAACGUUUAAACUGGCGAUUACUGUUGUAUGUGGCAUCAACGAGUCGAACCACGAAAGCGAAUCCCCAAUUUUAAGCGAAAGGAAAAGGAAAAUUCCCCGUAAAUUAAAGAUCGUAAUAACAUCAAAACCAACGUCAUUACAUCCGUUUCGAUUAUCAAAGUUUAAAGCAAAUACGUCAUCCUGUGACGUCACAGUGAACAUAUGUGACGACAUAAGCGUCACAGACAUCAGCGAUAUGGACGUCACUAUAAACAUGUUCUUUGCGACGAAAAAUGCGUCGAAUCAACGAAGAAACGCGCAAGAUAACAAUAUCGGUAAAAUAUUAUAUAAAUAUACACACACGUCAUUGAAAAUACUCAAAAAAUAGCUUGCUUAUUGAAUAAACUAAUACUCUUUUUAGACGCAUUUUUUCGCGGUUACCCUGACGAUAACGAUAAAAAUUCCAUAGAGUAUAUAGACUAUACUGUGGAACUUAACUUUAACAUCGUUGCCCACAGACAUAUCAUUCUUAAGUAUGAUUGACAGACCGCCAUCCUACGAGGACUGUACAUUCGGUUUCGAAACCGAAACUACAUUACACCGUCGCAUUUGAACUGAAGAAAUUUAUACGUAAAAACUGUACCAAUAUAGUGCUUUCGUACCCGAUAAAAAUUGCAUGCAACAGUACAAACGCAAAAUGUCUAAAAAAAAAACGUUUUGUAUUGAAGAAAAAAGAUAAAACAACAGUCACUUUACAACAAUUGCAUAACUAAUGUAAAAAAUAAAAUAAAAACAAACAGUAAAUGUAUAGUAGGAUGGAGGAAGAUAGGACACCUUUUCAUUCUAUUUUCUCGUACAUUCUGGUAGCAAACAAAAAACAUUCAAGGAAUUAUAAAACCUUGUCCUCGCGACUUUCAUAGACCAUUGUAAUUGUUUAAAAUACGAUCAGAAUAUUUAUAUAUUUCGUGCUAAAGGUGUCCCAUCAUCCCCCACCCCAAUAUAUCACAAGUGCAAUUUGUGUUUGGAACCUUUUUCGUUAAAAACUUUGGUCACAGAAUCAUUUUUAUCGUUGUAUAUUAACAACCAUUCAUACCACAUUUCAUACACUGGAUUUCUUAUUUUUAAUAAAUCAUGAUUCGCCUUUCUUGUACAUUUUCUUGAAAUUUUAACUGAUUCGAUUGGUUCCUUAAUUUCUGAUGAGUUACCCAAAGGGAAAAAUGCAGCCUCCCAAAAAUAUGUGUUCUGAGACGAACCGGGCCGUGUAUCAAUGUAAAUGUCCCUGUAUAACUUGGCACGAAAAUAUCCAGCAAACCCGGUAACUUUAGCAACUGUACAGUCGGUUUUUGCAGUCGGUAGCUUAAAACUAGAUGAGAGAAUCGGUGACGGACAAGUACAUUCGCAAGUAUACAAUGUAAUUAGGUCUGAUAAGAAUACUGUAUCCGUUGGUAAGCCAAGCACACUUAAGUGUACAGGCUUACUUUUAAAAUAUUCCUCCAAACUUGGUGAAGAAACAGCACAGGCGUAAGUUGUAUAUGAAGCAGGGAUACUGAUACAGCUAAUUACGUUAUUUUGGUCACGAUAUCCGAAAAGGCCAGUUGCUGCUGAAAGAAUUUCAGAUACGAAUUCGUUGUCGCCGAAAGAACCAAAAAGUUCA